GACGUGUACUCCCGCAAACAGGUCGUACCCGGCGAGGAGAACGUCCUCAACUGCUUCGUGAGUGGUUUCCACCCGCCGAAGAUUGACAUCUCCCUCCUCAAGAACGGGGAGCCCAUGAGCGGCGUCAAGUACGCGGACAUGUCCUUCAACGACAAGUGGUAUUUCGAGCGUCUGGUGUACGCGCCGUUCACCCCGGCGAAGGGCGACGUCUACACUUGCAGGGUGGCCCAUUCCACCUUCCCAGAGCCACGUUCUUUCCAAUGGGAUCCAGACUUCUAG